AAGAAACGGGAUCCUGUUUGAACUACUGAGUACCACAAAAUAUUCUCCGGUUUGAAUUCUCAUUGUCUUAGAAAAGAACUAGAAAAAAGAAACAAGAACAAUGUCAGCAGGGUUGGAGAUUGUGGGGAUCGCACUGAGUGUGCUGGGCUGGAUUAUUGCAAUUAUUUCCUGCGCUCUCCCCAUGUGGAGGGUGACGGCUUUCAUCGGCAGCAACAUCGUGACGGCCCAGAUCAUCUGGGAAGGGCUGUGGAUGAACUGUGUGGUGCAGAGCACCGGGCAGAUGCAGUGCAAGGUCUACGACUCCAUGCUGGCUCUCUCUGCAGAUCUGCAGGCAGCCCGAGCCCUGACUGUCAUCUCCAUCAUUUUAGCUGUUUUGGCUGUCUUGAUCUCCAUCGUCGGUGCCAAGUGUACCAACUGCAUAGAGGACGAGGGCUCCAAAGCCAAGGUGAUGAUCAUAUCGGGGGUGAUGUUCAUCAUCGCUGGAAUCCUGCAGCUCAUCCCCGUCUCCUGGUCUGCAAACAACAUCAUCAAGGAGUUCUACAACCCUUUGGUAACAGACGCCCAGAGAAGAGAGCUUGGAGCAUCACUGUAUAUCGGCUGGGCUGCAGCAGUUCUCCUGAUCCUUGGAGGGGCGAUGCUCUGCUGCUCCUGCCCGCCCAAGGACAAGAAAUAUCCCGCCUCGCGAAUGGCUUACUCUGCUCCAAGAUCAGUAGGUGGCUACGACAGGAAAGACUAUGUCUGAACUCUUUGAAGUGUAGCUUCCUUUCACAUUGUUUCGACAGUCAUUUUGUUUUUAAAGAAAGAAACAGACAGCACGGUGAAUUGAAGUAGAUCAAGGGACUCCGCCAUGAAGGAACUCCUUUGUUGUUGCUGAUAUUUCUGCCUCUUUGCAAUUUUCUCUCUCACUCAGCUAGGGAUCUCUAGUAGUUACUGUUAUUGAGGUGGUAUCUGAUUGCGGUAAACCAUCAAAUGCUUGCCAUUCAGCUGACAUAAUAUAUCCUUUCUAUGCUUUGUACAUUUUUUUACGUUUCGACUUUUAACAAAGAACUGCACAUUUUGUACAUUUUAACUGGAAACAAGCUACGUCCCAGGAACAUAUGGAGACUAUAGGUGGGUGACAAAUGUCUUGCGUAGCUGUUAGCUUGCAAUAUUUUCCUUGGUUGCGUAUAUUGUACAUUGUAUUUUAUAUUGCUUAACUGACAAUCAAUUUAUUUAAGAAACAAAAAGUUGAGUAAAUAUAUCAAACAACAAUGUCAAAGAAGAAUAAUUUCAAUUGCUUUCUAGUUUCACUUAUAUUGCUUUUUGACAAACAUUUCAGUGUUCAGGGAAUGUAUAAAAUACUCAGGCACAAAUGUUUUCAAUUAUAUGUAUAUAAGCUUUAUGUCAUGUGCAAAUCUUUUUCAGUACCGAGGUCAUUAUAGUAGAUUAUUACUACAUUGAUUUUAAUCCUGACUACUGAUGUGUAAUAGCUCCCUCUAAAGUGUUUAAUCCUAAAAGAAGAGUUUGGAUGUUAAUAAGCAAUAGUUAUCAUCGACCAUUAUUUUCAUAAAGACAAGGAAAGGUUAAGAGACAGCUGCAGUUUGUCUCUUUGCAUUUGCUUUGAAUAAGGAAACCAGAAUGUAAAUUAAAUAAAAAGAACUAUUCAUAUUAAUGUGCCCCAGUGAUAGUUCAUAUACAGUACAUACAAAAACACAUAAAUAAUAUUUCCCUGCAUUAUGCAAUUAAAUUUAAUGUUGUUAGAUUAUUUUUGUGAAUUUUGUUUUAUAUUUUCUGUGUUGUAUUUUGUAGCCUUUUGUUAAAUAACAUAUGCUGAUGUGUGGACAAAGUGUAUAAAAUGUUUAAAACUAACAGCAAAAAUGUUUUGACACAAUAUUUGUAUGAGGCAUGACUUUUGUUUUCUCAUGUUUUUACUGUGUUUUAGUAAAUAGAAGCCUUUCAGGUCAUCUUGAGCAGUAAACAAUGCCUGUGUAAAACUACACCAUGACUGCAGAAUAAUUUUGGUAUUUCACAAUAAUAGAGCUAACAUUGUUUGUCUUAAAUAAAGAUAGUAAUUAUUUGAA